AUGCCUCGAUGUUUGAUGGCGAAAAAGUGGAAGGCCUAUCCGUGGCCGGAUCGAGCGGAAGAACAGCCACCACCGGCCAGUGCCGGUGAAGUGGCGGCCGUUCAGCUGAUCAUCACCGGAACUGGAACGACCUCAAACACUCAAGCUACUCCUCAAGACACCUCCUGCUCCACCACGACGACGACAACAUCGCCAUCAGCAGCAGAGAGCAGCAGCAGCAGCAGCAGCAGCAGCAGUAGUAGUGGUAGUGGAAGUAGUGUACCAGCGAUAGCCCCAGAAUGUAGUCCAUCGUCAUCCGCAGCAACGUCAACGCCUUCUGCGUCCACUACGAUCACAACAGGUGCGACCGGCACCGGCAGCAGCAGCAACAGUGAAGCGGUGGAGGAAGAUGAGGAGAUUGACGUGGUUGGUGAUUCACCGGCGGCCGCGACAGCAACACCGGCCACUACCAACAAGUCCACCGGAACGGUCGCCGUGGCCACCUGUUGGGGCCCAUCAUCACCGACGGCCGGUGCGACGGCACCGAGCCCACCACCUCACUCACCGGAAGCGGCCACACGCGAGUCAACCAUCCUCUACAACGGAUAUGGUCGGGACAUUACACACCACUUUACCGCUUACCUGCCCAAAUUGGAUCCGGAUGCAUCGAGCUAUCAGCAGCAGCAGCCACAGCAACAGCAGCAACAGCAGUUCAUCUCGAUCGCUCCAGUAGGAAGUGCACCACAGACCACCUCACCAUCUCCCAGUCCAACCGGUUCCGAUCCUCAACGAUCACCGAGCCACGGAGGACCGGUCCAUGGAGGGACGAAAAAAUCACUCGCCAUGUGCUUCACCAGCACCGGUACGGCACUGUCGUUGCCACCGAAAAAGAAAGACAUCUACCGGCCCUACUCGCUGGACGAUAGGCCACCGAGACCGAACUACGAGCUGAGAAUUCCGGCCGAAGAAGAUCUGCACGCAGCGCAUGCCAUCCUCGAUCUGAGCGCUUCGACGGCUUUCCUUCCACCUCCUGCACCACACCAACUAGCGCUUGCACCGGCCACACAACCACCACCACCAUCACCGCAACCACAACCUCCGAAUCCGACGGUCAUACUGGUGCCAGCAAAAUCCCCAGCCGAUCUCGACAUCCGGCGACCGGCUUCACCGAUGCUCCUUGUACCACACCAUCAGCAGCAGCAGCAGCAGCACCACCACCAACAGCAUCAUCAAGUGCAGGCCACGCUCCCGAUGCUGUCACCUCAAACCAUUCCCAGCUCGCUCGGUUCACCGGAGCAGAACGAGAACCGGAACAGCACAAACACGCUACCGACACUGGAGUUAUCGCGAUCAUCUUCCAGCAACGAUCUGCAGCAAAUCGGUGGCAGCACCGGGGGUGGUGGUGGUGGUGGUGGUGGUGGCGGUGAAUCCGCAUCCGAUUCCGAAGGUCCGAACGGUUCCAAAACGGUCGCCUACACGUACGAGGCGUUCUUCGUGAGCGAUGGACGAUCGAAGAAGAAGAUGGCGGAUCCAAAGACGGCACUCGAGGCGAAAGCUAAGUACACGUGCACCGAGUGUGGAAAGCAGUACGCGACCUCCAGUAACCUUUCGAGGCACAAGCAGACGCACCGUAGUCUCGACUCGCAGUCGGCCAAAAAGUGUCACACCUGUGGUAAAGCGUACGUCUCGAUGCCGGCCCUGGCGAUGCAUGUCCUGACGCACAAGUUGUCGCAUAGCUGUGGGGUUUGCGGGAAGCUCUUCUCCCGGCCUUGGCUCCUACAAGGCCACCUGCGGUCACACACUGGCGAGAAACCGUACGGUUGUGCGCACUGUGGGAAAGCGUUCGCUGAUCGAUCGAACCUGCGGGCGCACAUGCAGACGCACUCGAUCGACAAGAACUACCAGUGCGGACGGUGCCACAAAACGUUCGCGCUGAAGUCGUACCUCAACAAACAUCUGGAGUCGGCCUGCUUCAAGGAGGACGGUGCACCGAUGUCCCCCCUUUCGCCCAGCUCGAUCGACAGCUCGUCGAUGGAUGGGGAGCUGCGGAUGAGCGACCGGCGUCACCACAUGUCGCUCAAGCGCGAAAGCAAUGUUGACAUCGAGGGAGACGAUUCGAGUGAGGGGCCCAUGUCGCCGGUUCCUCAUCUCGCGGUCGGUGGUGGUGGUGGUGGUGGCGCGACGGUGACGACGGGAGGCAACCUCUUUGUGAUGAAGAACCUGGCCAACAGUUUAGGUGCAGCAGCAGCAGCGGCUGCGGUCCUAGGACCGGCCGCCAUCUUGACAGCCGCCAACAGUCAUCACGCUAGUCAUCUGCCGCCGCAAUCGCAGCAACCACAGCACCUUCAGCACCUUCAGCAGCACCAGCAGCAACAUCACCAUCACCAGCAGCAACAGCUAGUCCAGCCGCAGCCUCCUCAGCACCAUCCCGUGCAGAUAAACGUCAACUUUGCCGGGUAACCGUUGGUGAUCAGUACGGGCGCGGCCGUUGGCGGCGGUCCGAAACGGAGCACCACCACCACCAUGAUCGCGGCCCGAUCAAUUCGCAUUAUUUUAAACUGAAGCCGUGUUUGUAAGUAGCUCCUUUCUGCACAUACAUUCUAAUGCUCGUUUUCGUCUGACCUACAUUCACAUGGAUUCAAUGCCAAUUGCUGCAAUGCUGGCGUUUGCUCGGCGCUACAACAUCAACAAAAAACACUCCUUUUGAAUGCAUUGCAAAAAAAAAAGACACACUCAGAGCAAACAGAUAGACAGGAUACACGAUACACCCCCAGCCAGACACACUAGAUGGCGCGGCGCGUCAGCAUCUGUAAUCAUCGCCCAUUUCCUCGUGCGUGCGUAGUAACGUUUUAGCUCCCUAACUCUCUAAGCUCUUGGAAGAAAAAAAAAACAUGGAAAGGAAAGAAAGGAAAAAUGGUUAAGAAAUGGCUAAAAGAAAGUUAAAGUAGCUGGUGGCAGAAGCAGAGAAGAAGGGCGAGUGGUAGAUUCGAAUACCUAAUGAAAACCUUUAUAUACACAAAGUAUAUAUAUACAUAUAUUAUAUUUACACCCAUAUACAUCUUGAAAGCAAAAGAAAGAAAGAAAGAAAGAAAGAAAGAAAGAGAGGCGAAACAAAG